AUGAUUAUACAGGCAUGGAUGCGCGAAGGGGGGGUGAUUGCGGCGACGAACGCAUUAGGGGUGGGUUUGGACGUACCCGACGUUAGGGCGGUGAUAUACGCGGGGGCGCCGCGGCGGUUGCGGGAUUACGCGCAGGAAAGCGGGCGGGCGGGACGGGACGGGCAAAAAAGCGAGGCGAUUAUAGUGUUGCGGGCGGGCGAAGGUGGCGUGGGAAAUACGGGGUUGGAGGUGGAAAUGGUGGAAUACAUUUGCGGGGAUGCAUGUCGGCGGUCGGUGUUAAACGAGGUAAUGGACGGGCAGACGGACAGGGCCAGUUGCGCAGGGCCAGGGGAGGAGGUAUGCGACGUGUGCCAGGCGCGCGGGUUGGGCGCGGUCGAGCAAGAGUGGGGGUCGGGGGAUAAAGAGUUCGCGGUGAUGGAGGAUAGCAAUGCGGCGUUGGCGGAAUCGGAGCAAGGCCGGCGAAGGGAGCAGCAAAGGCAGGAGUGGUGGUUGGGGAGGUAUUUGGAGAGUUGGGCCGAAUCGUGCGUAAGUUGCCGGUUGACGUACGACGGGGGGUUUAGGCACGGGGUGGAAGAUUGCCCGCGCAAGGAGGAGCAAACGGAAAUUCGUACGAGGAUUGAGGCGAGGGCAGGAGAAAUCCAAAGGUUGGUCACGGCGGGGAUGGAAAGGUUCGGGGGUUGCGGCAAAUGUAUGGUACCGCAAGCGUAUUGCGGACGGUGGGUAGAGGUGGCAGGGGACGAGGGACAGUUCCGGUUGCGAACGGGGGCGGAUUGCGACAAAGAAAGGGUGUUGUUUGAGGUGGUUGCAGGAUUUCAAGACCAGGCGCCGGAGUUGUUCCGGGAGGAAAUGAAAACGAGGAUGGGGGAUAGGCAUUGGGAUGGAAAAUUCGAAGGGAGGGAGGCGUGGAAACGGAUGGGAAAGCGGGUUAAAUGGGGAAGGAUGGAAACGAACGAGUUGUGUAUAUUGUUUUUUCGAUUAAGUUAG